UCUUAUUCUCUCAUGUCUCGACUCUCUCUACAUUCCGCCCUCCUCCUCCACUAACAUCCCAGUACCGUACCGCACGUCACUGGCGCACCACUUCUCUCAAAGCUGCCGAUCCUCAGAUCGAUGGACGCCAAACGGCCCGCACAGGAUUAUGAGUUCCCGCGUUCCUGUACCUGUAUCUGUUCCUGCUGACAGCCCUUGUUGCUGUCCGUCAUACAUUGUUGUCGUCCCAGCUCUGAUAACUCGGUCAACCAAAUCCAAGAUGGGUUUGUAACUUGUUGACUCACCGGCUCGUGUCUUCGAAGAAGGUGAUGAGGAACUCAUCAGAAGCACGGUUCAUGGAUCUCUGCCUUCAGGUAGCGCAACCCGGUCCAGCUUCCCACCUUUCUGAUUGUCUCUUCCCUCUUCACAGACAGACCAGACACAAAGGGUCCUUGGCCACUAUUGUCCCCACCUUGCUGCGUUUCCUAUCGCUCACAUACGUAUUUUCUCUUUUGCGUACCUGGUCAGUGGUCGAUGGCCCAUGUCAUUGUCUAUUGUCAAGGUCCAGGUUCAGGCCCCAGGUCCCCGUUCUUUUCGUUCUUCUCGGGCAUUACUGAUUUCUCGUCCCCGUUAGCUCAGCCUGGCCUGCUAGUUUGGCAGAAACCUCAUACUGCUCUUCAGCUUGUCUCGCCUUUCCCUCUCGGGGCAUCCGUCUCUCUUUUGGCUACUCGUGUCGGCCCUCCGUUUCAGUACGUGCAGCCACAGCUUAUGAUGUCUUUGGCUUACUACACAAUAUAUCUUAGUUGCGGUUCUGAAUAGUCAGUCUGUUCUGCUCUUCAAUUCCGUGCUGUAUUCCCCUCUGUCAUUGCCGAUCCAACUCAGACCUCACAGGUCACCUCCGUGUGGGAUGAGAAUCGAGUCAAGUCGAGUUGAGUCGUAAUCUUCUCAUCACUUGCUAGACUGAUAACCAGAGAUUUCCAUUACAUACUCUAUCCAGACUGUCGGAUCAAAGACUGCUCCAGACCGUAUGCGAGACGGUGGUCGUGUGAAGGGGGAUUUGCCUGGUGGAAAAAGUUCCAAGGAUCCCUGACUGACGAAAGAGUGAUGGUCUGGUGAAAUCGAGGAAGCGUCCGAAGAAACAUCCGACUCUUUUCGGUGCUGUUUUCAAUCCAUUCUUCCAUCCCAUCGUCUCACACCCAUAACGGAUGUAUACACUGAAGCUGGAUGUGAUGGAUGGAUGGAUGGAUGGAUGGAUGGAGGGAUGGAGGGGAUGGCAGAACACCCCCAAGCCAACACCCCCCGCCCCAUAUCCAUUCGUUUUACAUGCUCACACCCAUAUCCACGCCAAAGUAAAAGCCAAAUCCAACGCCACUCCCACUCCUACACACACCCUUGAAGCCGCGAUGGUCGCGAUGAUUCCCCUCCAUCCUUUAAGCCAUCCCAGAGUCAUCUCCACGAGCAUACCAUGCACGUCCUCUGUUCUGCCCUUAGUCUUUCUCUAUUUCCAGCCCGUUUCGUUUGCUCCUUUAGACCCCUCGGCGGCUAUUGUUAUGCACGACAGCUCCAGUACCUUGGCAUGGCGGAGGAUAUUGAGCCCCGAGCCCUCAUAGCUUGAGCCCUCCACUUACUAGGUUCAAGGCAAUGUCAGGCCGUACCCAUACUGUACUUGGGAUUUGAUCCCUCUGCUCGACACCCCCAGUCCUUCCCCCAUUUGCCCCUGGCACCGAGGCCUGUCUCUGGCUCGUUCAUAUCUUCCUGGGCUUGACAAAAGAACGGCUCUUGCAAUGCUUGGGUACUUCGUUGCUGCUGUCCCUCAGACUGACCUCCAUGUACACCAAACCUACAUACACUCCAACGAUCUGCACUCCACUGCUCUUCAUCUCCAAACACCAUUUAUACAAAGCGGCCGGCCCGUCUGUGACCCCACAAGGCUCUGUUUCCCUCAACUCAUCCUUCCUACCCUUGCACUCUCUUGGCCUCGAUCUUUGACCCCCAGGUCUUCAAAAAGCGGCCGCGGCCAGAAAAGGCUGAAUCGUCUUGCACAUCGCUCUUCCAUAUCUGCCUCGCCAGGUCUUGAUGCCUUCUUGAAGUAUCUUGAUUUCUGAUCAUAAAUGUGCCAUUAUCAGUCUCGAUCUGAAUCUUGAACUUGCAGCCACAGCAUCAACAGCUCCCCACCACUCACAGACGCAACCAUUUCUGUUAUCAAGCCCCGCCUAUAACAUAAACCAACCGGUUUGGACUGCCAUUGUCCAAUCCCCCAACUUGAUACCCACAUGAUCAUGGUCGAGCAGCAGUAUAUUGCCCCAGGUCUACCCCAGCCGGAUGGUCUUUCGGGAGCUCCCAGUUUGCACGACUCAAUUUCAACAACUGAGACUUCCCCUUACCACGAUCUGGCAUCCUACUCAUCUGUUUCUUCACCUUUCGACAGCAUUUCUGGCCAGUGCGAUCCAAAUCUCUUAACUCCUAUCUCAGUCGUGGGAUCUCCUCCUUUGCACGGCGUGUCAAAAAUUGCAUCACAAUAUCCUCCGCCUCCAAGCACACCUAAUCAACACCCUAGCCCUUCUGGGAGUUCCAGAAUGUAUCAUCAGCAGCAGUGGACAGGACAAUUUGACGUUAACAGCCAAUCCCCACAGGCGAGCUCGCCCAUGACCUCUCAAGCUCCGGUUGCUGGAGGGGAAUUCCUUCAUGCCAAUUAUGUCCACGAUGGACGUCGAACUCCCGGACCCCCAGAGCCCUAUAUGGGAGCCUUUGGUGUCUCAAAUGGACCAGAGCCACAAACUAUGAGCAACCCUUAUUACGUCAAUAUAGCGCCUCCUGUUGAGCACCAAGACCACAUGAUGAUGAGGGACAACCAUCAUAUUCCAAUGGGCAUGCAUCAUCGUGAAGUGGCGCCUGCUCCUCUGCUGUCCGAGCACCAUCCACCUCAGUACCGCCGAAGAAGCCCAGAUAAUACAGGACUGCACGGAUUACCUUCAGAUGUUCCACGCUCCAUGACUGGAUCCCCUCGUCGAAAGUCUGCCCUACACGCCCCUGGCCGCGUCAAAAGGCGCACAACGAAGAGACCAGGAGCCUCUAGAAGUGUAGUUGCUGAAGAGCCUGUCGACGAGCACAAGAAUUGCUUUGGAGAAGAGGUCCCGCCAACACUAAAGAGUACCUGUCCCGAUGAGGAGCGCUGCAUAUUCGAAUCUCGCUGGGAGCACCGCAACCAAAAGGGUCAGGAUAUGUGGGAGAGCAUCCAGAGCGACUAUAAGCGUCAAUUCCAGAAGUGCCCUGGUAAGGAAAUGCUUCAGAUGAAAUUCAAACGCGGCCGAUCCAAGUACAUUGAUUGGUUAACUAAAGAUGAGGAAUUGCUUCGAGAGGCUUAUAAGAUCGUCGAGAAAAAUCGUUACCAGUCGAUUCUUGACACCUUUCACGAAUUAGGGGGUUCCCGAAAUAUGCGAUUGAACGCCAGCGACAUAGAAGUCAAGGUCGUCAACGAUCUAAAGCUUGAGGAGGGGAUUUACAUGGAUUCCUAUGGGGAUCUCAAUAUCAGAAGACGACGCAGAUCGGUUCAACCAAGGAAGCGCACUGGACGCGGGGAUGAGCACGACGAGAUGAUGAGCAUUGGAUCCCACAACACUCAUGAAGAUGAGGUUAUUAACCAGGUGCAUGGCAUUCCCAAUAUCAAGAUGGAAGAAGAUGGCCCUGGAGGCCACAUGAUGAGCGCACAUAUGUGGGACCAACAAAUGAAGAUGGAACCGGGAGCAAUGCCACCACAAAACGAUCGCAUGCAACCCUUGAUGAGAUUGAGCCCAACACAGACGAUGUAUGGAGGACGCAGAGGGUCGUGAAAGGAAAACCCUUCUGAUUUGUUUUCGGGAAUGGCAUUAUAGACAACUUCAUCUUCCCAACGAAGAGCCCCUCAUUUUUUUGUAUUUUCCAUAUAAAUGUCCCUUCAUAUACCCCUAGGAAUUGUUCAAGAUAGAGCUUCGUAAAGAACCCGACAUCUUUGCAUAGGAAGGAAUUCUGCGUCGUGUCACGUCUUCCCAACACUCUUGUAGAACGUAUAUAUGUCUUCACUGCUUCUGAAGAUAUUGCCAAGUUUGAUAGGUAAUUGUGUGGGCGAGCGGGAAGUCAAGUGACUUGAGUGGCUUCAUACAGAAUCUGGGUUCAGCCUUUUGAGACAAUAUCUGGUUUGGUGCUCUCAAGAUUGGCGAUUUUGGAAUUGACAAGAUGGCCUGUUUCGCUGCCACGAAAGCAAGGGGGGGAAUGCGAAAGACCUGGAAAGACAGAGAAAGGGGGCGGAGCGUCAGUGAGACAACACAUAGCUCGUAUUGACAAACUUGGUCUUGUGUAGACCCGACAGUUUGGAAAAUUGCGCUUCAAGUAAAUUUGAUUUUCGCUGCAACUUGCAUGUAACUGGG